AUGGCACACUCCAAAUCAACAAAGCGGAAGCGAAGUGCUCAAGAGAAACUCUCUCAAAAGCACAUCAAGGUCGAAAAGGCAACAUCAGCUGUUGCUACGUUACCUGAAGAUGAGCGAGUCGAGAUCAAGCGCCUACAGACAGUAAUUUCGGAUGAGGAGCUAGACAUCACGAUCGAGACACUUACAACUCUAGCACAACAUCCAAGCUUGACAAAGUCCAAGCUCUGCAGGAACCUUCGGACGGCUGUCUAUGACUUCCGCCAAUCAUGUACCACCGGUGUCAAUGCCACCAAGGAUAGUGCCAACUUGACGGCGCGCGUGUCUGCCGCACUUGCUGAUGAGAGAUUCCUCGAAGCGAGGAUCUUGCUUGCCGAGAUGCGGCUCCGAAGAGAAGAGCCCAAACUGGGAGCGCUGUGUCGUUGGGUGCGAGAUCUUGACGUUGUGACGCAGCCAAAAGGCGUGAGCAUAGAUAAUCCGAAACGGUCGCCCAAAGACGAGGAGCUCCUCUGUGUACUAGAUGCUGUGCUACGUGUCAGCUGCCCAGUUGAUCACAGUGUCGGUGUCACGAAGCCUCUACCUGGAUCUUCCUCUCGCAUAGCAUUCCAAGCCACGUGGGAUGUACGUCCCUCUGUUCAGCCACAACACGUUUAUGAUUCUGUUCUGGAUCGGACUAUCUUCUCUUCGGUACCAAGCUCAGUCGCUUCUUCUCUUCGCAUCAUCGAGACAACACCUGGCCACCUCCGCAACCCCCCCAAUUACCAUCCAGCGGUUCUGUAUGCUUCUCAGCCCGAUACCGUUCUGCUGUCACCGGAAAUUCCCCAAAUAACGCUUCACAAGCAUCCGAACGUUCCCAAUCUCAGUCUUGCGACGAAUCUUCUUUCGCCUGAAGAAUGCAAAGCCAUCAUUGCUGUCGGCGAAACGGUCGGUUUCCUUCCAGACACGCCAAUACGCGAGGGUGGCGAUAGUAGUGUUUUGGCACACAACUUUUACUGGAUCAUCGAUACCGCAUUUCACGACAAGCUUUGGUCGCGAAUCGCUCCCUUUGUGCCAUCCUCGGUUGAUGGCCGCUUGGCCCGUGGCCUGAACAGACGUUUCCGCGUGUACCGAUAUGUUCCCGGCGCUGAAUACCGAUGCCAUAUCGACGGAGCUUGGCCACCCUCCGGCAUCCGACCAGACGAUACGUAUGUGUACGACGAUUCGCCUUUUGGAAAGAAGCAGAGCUCGUUAUUUACGUUCUUAUUGUAUCUCAACGAUGAGUUUGAAGGAGGAGAAACCACCUUUUUCAUCCCAGCACCCAUUGAAGGCACACUGAAUGCCUACCGAGUACGCCCUGUCAUGGGCGGCGUCGCCAUAUUUCCCCAUGGAGAGACGCGAGGGGCUUUGCUGCAUGAAGGAUCAAGCGUGACAAAGGGCGCCAAGUAUAUUAUAAGGACAGACAUUGAGUAUGAUAUAGAUCCCUCACAAUAG